GAAUUUUAAUCUUUGAGCCAGAUUUAAAUCCAAAUCUACAUCCAGGGCCCAGUUUACCUAAAUAAGGUGCUCGUGUUAUAUUCUCCUGGGAUUCUAGGUGUUAUUUACAGGGCAGGGGACCCGUUACUCUUGUCCUUUAUUUAUGACACUUGGGUUGUGUGUGUGUGUGUGUGUGUAUGCGCUCUUAUUUUUUAUUCACAUUGAAUAUCGUUUUUAACAUGUGAUGUCAUGCAAACCGUUACUGUGUUGUUUUUGUUGUUGUGGUAGGUGCGUGACCUGUGCGUUUAUUAUUCCCUAUUCACCCCUUGUUCUUAGUUUUAAAUAGUGAUUACAAUUAGUGGUUUAUGAUUAAAGGGACACUAUAGACGCCAAACAACUUAAGCUUACUGAAGCAGUUUUGGUGUAUAGAUUCUAAUGGCAGAUAUUUGAGCAGUGAGAGUCCAGGGGCAUAAUACACCAAAACUACUUCAUUAAGCUAUUCAGUUGUUUUCGUGCAUACUUUUCCUUUAAGAGUUUGUUAUAUCAUGCAUGGAAAGCAGGGGAAGUUUGCUGGAUCCUCUUUAUUUGUUUAAUUUUCUGGACGUGUUUAUGUAUUGUGUGUGUUGAUGCUGUUGGCAUAAAAUUCUGAAAAUUUCCUCAUACUUACCGUAAUUUUCUUUUCCUGGAUUCGUCCAUGGCAGCAUCACGAUAGGGUUAGCUCCUCUCCCUUGGCUGUUUAGGACAGGAAAUACUUACAAAUAGGCCUUCCUUGCCUGGUAUCAUCAGUCAAGUAACAUGCUCAAAGAAAAAAAUAGAAAUAAAUGGGAAGGGAAAUAAUAGAUGCUGCCAUGGACGUAUCCAGGAAAAGAAAAUUACGGUAAGUGUGAGGAAAUUUUCUGAAUUCCUGGAUACUAAUCCAUGGCAGCAUCACGAUAGGGUAAUACCCAAGCUAAUUUUAUGGGAGGGCAAAUUAAAACUAAGACAAGGUAUUCAUGCUCAAAUAAGUGUUUGUUUAUUCAGAGUCAAGAGACCGAGGAAAGAACAUUUCUUCCAAACUCAGUGGUUGCUUUGGAUCUCACAUUCAGGGCGUAAUGUUUAAUAAAGGUAUUAGCUGAAGCCCAAGUAGCCGCUCUUCAAAUACUUUCUAUAGGAGUGUUAGUAGCAGCUGUCCAUGAAGUAGAGAGAGAUCUUGCAGAAUGAGCCUUUAAUACCGAAGGGACUUGAGAUUCCUGAUAGUGAUAUGCAAAAGAAAUAGCUGAAAAAAUCCAUCGGCUCAAAGUGGCUUUUAAAGCAGCCAAUCCUCUUCUGAAUCCUGCAAAGUUUAGAAAAAGAGUAGGAGAUUUCCUCCAACUUGCCGUUUUAUCCCGAUAAAUAGAAAUGCAUCUGGAGACAUCUAGAGUGUGCCACCUCUCUUCCUCUGGGGUAGAAGGAGAUUGAAAAAAUGAUGGAAGGAGAAUCUCUUCAUUAAAAUUAAAUUCCGACAUUACCUUGGGCCGGAAUUCCGGAUUUGUUCUAAGUACCACUCUAUCCGGGUAGAACUUCAUGUAGGAUUCUUCCGUAGAUAAGGCCUGAAUUUCAGAUACCCUUCUCCCGGAUGUAAUAGGCACAAGAAGAAGAACCUUAUAAGUAAGCAAUCUAUCAGAGGCAUCUGUAAGAGUUUCAAAUGGAGGAAGAGACAAAGCCCUUAGAACUAAUGGAAGGUCCCAGGGGGGUGUUAAAGAUCUGAUAGAAGGUCUUGAAUUUUUCACUGCAUUUAGAAAACGGAUCACCAUGUUGUCCAGAGCCCACCUGUAGCCAGUAAGAGCCGAUAAAGCAGAAAUCUGAACACGGAGAGAGCUGAGGCUUAGACCACUAUCCAGACCUGUCUGCAGAAACUCCAAAACAUUAGAGACUGUAGGAGACAAACAAGAGACUUUAUUGAUUUUAGCCCAAUCCGCAUAUACUGUCCAAAUGCGGUAAUACGUAGAAGAGGUAGAAUGUCUUCUAGAUUUCAAGAGAGUGUCAAUUACUGCUGAUGAAAAGCCUUUGUCUGCUAAACACCUCCUCUCAGUUUCCAUGCCAUCAAAUGUAGAGUCCUUGGUGAUGGGUGCACUGCUGGACCCUAAAUGAGGAGAUCCAGAAUGUCCAGUAAUUUCCACGACUUGGUGAUCACAAGAGACUUGAGGAGGGGAAACGAGUCUGCAAGGCCAAAAUGGAAUGAUCUCUAUUACUCUGAGAUGUUCCUUCUUGAUUCUCUUAAAUGUUUUCCAUAUGAGAGGAAACGGGGGAAACGUAUAUGCCAUCUUGAACUCCCAGGAGCUGGAUAGGGCAUCCGUGUUCAGAGCUCUUGGAUUAAAGGUUCUUGAAAAGAAUUUUGGAAGCGGAGUAUUCUUCGCUGAAGCCUUUAGAUCUACUUCUGGUCGUCCCCACUUCAAGACCAGUUGAUGGAAUAUAUUGGUAUUUAAUUGCUAUUCCUUGGGAUCCAGAUCAUUUCUGCUGAGGAAGUCUGCUCUCAAAUUUUCUGGUCCUGGAAUAUAGACUGCCGACAGACCCAAUACCUUCUCUUGAGCCCACAACAUAAUGGGUUCAAGUUCCAGAAGAAGAUUCUUGCUCUUAGUAUUCCCGCCUUGCUUCUUUAUGUAGGACACUGCGGUACAAUUGUCCAAGUGAAUCCUCACCCAUUUUCCCAUUAAUACAUCCUGGAAAUGUGUGAGGGCUAAGAGUUCCAGAAGGUUGGCUGGAACGUGGGAGGCUCUCUUCACACAUCUGCCCUGGACAUUCCAUUGAAGUAGAUGAGCACCCCAACCUGAACCACUGGCAUCUGUAGUUAGGUUCAGCCAAUCUAUUUCUCCUAGAGGAAGCCCUCUGUGGAGGUGAACAGGAUCUCUCCACCAGUCCAAAGCCUUCCAAAGGAAUGCCGAAAUGACUAUCUUCUUGGACCACUUGUUUUUGUCCUGAUUGAACCUUUCCAAGAAAUACCUCUGAGGAUAACGCAGGUGCCACUGAGCCCAUUUUACUAGACCGAUUGUUGAUGAAAAGUUUCCCAACAUGCUCAUAUACUCUUCGGCCGUGACCCACUCUGAGUCCAUCACCUUUUGUGUCUUUGACAUGACACGAACUCUUCUUUCCUUUGAAAGGAAAACCAUGGCUAACUUUGUGUCGAACCAUGCUCCAGGAAGCAUAAACUCUGGGAGGGGUCCAGAUGACUCUUCUGGUAAUUGAUGACCCAACUAAACCUUUCCAAAGUUCUUAUAGCCUGGUCUCUUUGACUCAGAAGCCUUGCUCUUGAUCUUUCUACCAAUAAAAUAUCAUCCAGGUACUGAUAGAUCUGAAGACCCUAAAGUCUCAUCAUAGCUAUCAGAGCCAAAAGGACCUUUGAAAAAUGUCCUUGGAGUGGCACUUAGGCCAAAAGGAACUGCCCUGAACUGGAAAUGUUCUCCCAAAAUUGCAAACCUCAAAUACCUUUUGAUCAUGAUCUGCUAUUGGAAUGUGGGAAUAGGCGUCCUUCAGGUCUAUUAAGAUUAUCCAAUCUCCUGGCUGAAUUACUGCUAUUAUGAAAGACAAGGACUCCAUUCUGAACGUUUGGAUGUUGAGGGACAGAUUCAACUUGUGUAUGUCUAAAAUUGGACACCAUUCUCCAGAUGGUUGGAAAUAUCUCUUAUUAAGGCUUGUCUUUUCUCUGGCAACCCUAGGGUUUUUGAGAUCAUAAAUCUGUUGAGACAGGGAAAUACCUUGAACUCCAGUCUGUAUCCUUCUUUGAGGACAGAAGCAACCCAGGGAUCCAAAUCUGCUUGAGUCCAGAUUUCCCAAAAGGCGUGGAGGCGAACUCCUACUCCCGAGACCUGGGGUCUCCAACCUUCAGAAAGGUCUGUUUGAGGUUCUAGUACCGGUUGAGGAUCUACCUCUGGCACCUCUUCCAGACUGGCCACUUCUCCAGGUUGAACCUCUUGUGAAUUCUCUCCCCGGCCUUUAGGACAUGAUGCUGCCAUGGAUUAAUAUCCCGGAAAUGAAAAAAGGCAGCAUGUUGUAAUUUUUAUUCUUCAGGAAGGAAGUCCUUACUCUGUGGCAUAUCCUGUAGUAACGGAUUAAUACUUCUUGACCCAUAGAGGUAUAUAGAUUCUAUAGUUCAUGGACUUAUGUUUCAAAAUGUUCUUUAAACAAAUAAUAAUACACAAACUAUUGUUUUUUCCAGCCCAUUACAGUGUGGUCAUUUUUGGCCACAGUCAAAUUUUGAUCAGGUGAUUUUCAUGAUUACUGACAAUGUGCAGAGCUCAGUAUAAAAGAUCUAAUCACUAAAGUAGAACUGGAUAAGCUUUCUAAAUCCACCAUAUUCUCUUUGAUUCUAAACAUGGUAUAUGUAAAAAUGUUGCCAGGCAAUUCAUAUUCUGCCAGCUGACUGGCGUGCGACACCCAGACCCAAGAUAAAUGUUAUUUCUUUUUUUUAAAGUGUGCUAUAGUGUUUAUGGUGCUUGGAGUGUUCUUUUAAGUAAAUCUCGGUUUACAGAAAAGAAACGUUACCGUGGCACAUCGUCAAAUCCCAUAUCUAUGGCAUCGUAUAAAGGGUGGACAUCAUCAAUGGGUUUCAGUUUGUUAAACAUAAUUAACAUAAACAACAAUUAAAAUUAUGCUCCUUGGUAUGUCUGUCCCCGUACACUAGGCAGCCCCCGCCGUGUCGUCUGUGUCAUAUUGUUCUCACAGAUCCCACACCUUGUAGAGGGUUUUAGAGGAGUUGCAGACCUGUGAGGUCAACCUAUCCAUUAGGCAAUUAUCCCUGAUCUUGUUUAGGACCAGUGAACCAGGCUCUGCGGGCAACUAAAUAGAUCAUAUUAAGUAAUUUUUGUUCAUGCCUAGUCAGGCUGUCUGUGGGUCUGGACAAGAGACAUGCCCACGGGUUGGAGCUCAAUUCUACUACUUCUUCCCAGAACUCCCUGACCCUGGGGCAGUGCCACCAAAUGUGGAUGUAACUUCCUCGGUCUUCUUCACACUGGCGCCAGCAUGUCUGUAGGGCUGAGUUUCAUGUGGUAUUGUUUUACCGGAGUGGUAUACCACCUGAAGAGAUUGUUCUUGCAUAGUCACGCAUACAGAAGAUCAUGCACAAGCCUCCCACUCCACACUUUCCAGCACCUCUCCAAGGUCGUCCUCCCAUAGGUCUGUACACCAAAGCCCUCAGCUAAGGUGGUGGUACAUUGUCGAUAUUAGCCCCUUUGGAGGUGACUUUAAAGCACAUCCUCUCAAAGAAUGUCAUGGGGGUAUUUGCAGCUGCCCUAAUAUCUUUCUUUUGUGCGAAAUUCCUCAUUUGUGUAUAUAUAGUCUCUGGUCUGUAGGGGCGCAAGUUUUUUUCAAGUGGUCGUAAGUCACUAUGGUGUGGUCUAUGUACAAAUGGACGUAUCUCUGCAGUCCUGUGUAUUUUAAACCCCUAAAAUCUCUCUGUUCUGGAGUAUUGGGGUCAUUGGUGAAGUGGGGCUACUGUGGGAGUAUUUGGAGGUCGUCCGAUCCCAUAUACGAAUGCUCUGUGUCCCUUUGGGGCCCACAUAAAGAAUUGGGGGAGAUCUGCUCCCAUCAGGAGGGAUUCAAUAUCCACCCAACACCUAACGUCUGGCGGAGAGUGCCAGUUUGCAAUCUGGGUUAGCUGUGCAGCAAGAUAAUGGUUGUAGAGGUGUGGUAGACCCAGGCCACCCCCUCCUCCAUGGUCUGUAUAGUGCUAUUCUGGGUCGUCUGUUCUGCCAAAUGAACUUGUCUAUAGUUUGUUGCAGGCCUGCCAAAUUGCCAUGUAUGUUAGGGCUUUGUUAGAUAUUUGUAGCUUAAAAGUGCUUUGCAGUCGUGCCGUGUCCAGGGCUAAGAGGUUAAAUGGCAUGGCCAUAGAUUUUUGUAGGUUACCUCUGUAACCUGAGAGAUCACCAUAGUGGUUAGCAGUAUUGUUAGGUGUUCCAUAGAUCUUAUUGGAUCUGAAAGGGUGAGUAGAACAUCCUCGGCGUAUGCCGAUACUUUAUAUUGUUUGUCUGCUAUCGUUGCUCCCAGGAUCUGUGGUUGGGCUCUGAUGGCAUGGAGCAGCGGUUCCAAUGUGAGUGCAAAGAGUAAAGGGGAUAGCGGACAGCCCUGUCUCGUGCCAUUCCCCAAUGGGAACGGGGAUGGUUGUGCCCCAGUAAUGAUGGUUUGUUCCUGAAUGUUUGUGUAAACGGCCCUUAUUGCUGUAAUAAAUGGUUCUGGAAAACCGAAUGUCCGGAAUACCCCAAACAGAUACGGCCAUUGCACACUGUCAAAGGCCUUCUCGCGUCCAAAUACAUUGCUAGGGAAGGUCUCCCCAUCACCGUCAUACACCAGGUCAACUCCGGCCCUCAACAGAUGUUUUCUUAUAGUUGUCUGCCUGGCAUAAAGCCCAUCUGAUCCGGGUGGACCAGACACGUUAGGAGAGGCGUUAGUCUAACCGCCAGUACUUUAGCGAAUAUCUUCAUGUCUGAGUUAAUGAGGGAGAUGGGCCUGUAGUUAGGUGCGUGUGUUUCGUACCUACUCGGUUUGGGUCUGCAUCGGGAAUACCCCCCCUGCAGAAAAUGGUUGCAUAAGUUAGCGAGAUGGGGGGGGUGAGUACUUUAUAGAAUGCUUUGUAUUAUAUAGGAAUGUGUAAAAUUCCGUAAACACUUUGUUGAUAUGUUGUGGUGUGUUGGCUAGUUAGCCACACGGGGUGCAAAUUUUUGUGAUUGGCUGGCUUGUAGCCGGCUCUGGGCCUAAGAGUUCUGGCUAAUAGGGUGUCCAUUUUGUUCGACUUCUUGUAGAACAAUCGUUCGGACCAUGUGAGGGAGCGAGCAACUCCCUCCAGUGCUAGUUCUUUAAUAGAAUGUCUAAGUGCAUUUAUUUCAGUGCGUUUGGAGUGUGUGAGGUUAGAUUUGUGCUGUUGUUUAGCUCUACGUAGAUCUGUUUGUAGAUUUGGUAAGAGUGCUGUUUUUCGCUCUCUCUAUUAUAUGGCCUCUUUCAUAAAGUGCCCUCGCACCACUGUUUUAUGGGCUGCCCAUACUACUGUUGGGCUCACCUCUGGUGUGUCGUUUAGUGUGAAGUAAUCCUUGAUGAUUAAGUCAGUUUUGCGGCAGAUUUCUUUGUUGUCAAGGAAGGUGGUGUUCAGUUUCCACACGAGUUUGUCGAGUGUUUGAGCCCACCGAGAGUGAGGGAGAUGUCUGCGUGGUCUGACCACGUUAUGCUAUUAAUGUCCGACUGUAGAACCUUGGUCAUCCUGUCCCCAUUUAGCAGUAGAUUGUCUAUCCUGGAGUAUGUGUCAUGUAGUGCAGAGUAGAAUGUAUAAUCCCGCAUGUCCGGGUGCUGGAACUGCCACGCAUCUAGUAGUCCUGUGUUAGAGAGGAACGUGUCCAUAAGUUUAUCUUGUGCGCCAUUGCCCUGGGAUCUGGGUACCCCUUGUUUUGCGCACCUGUCGGCUGCCGGACACUGCACUGUAUUGAAGUCUUCCCCCCACCCCCCCUCCCCACUACGACCACAACCCCUCCUGCGUUUUGGGUCAAAGUGGAAAGGUGUCCCAGUGGGUCUGGGUCGUUUGGUGCGUAAACGUUAAUGUGAAUCUUAGUGGUGUAUAAGGUGCCUGUCAGGGACACAUACCUACCCUCCGGGUCAACCUGUGUGCCGAUUACCUGUAGUGGGCAGUGUCUAUGGACAAGGAUGGCCACCCCUGCUCUCUUUCUAUUGGGGUUUGGAAAUCAGGCUUGCUUAUUGCAGACGAUCAGCUGAUAAAUUGAGAAUGCAAUAUAAAGCAAUAACAUAUUUGUCUUUUUAAAUAUUUUAUUACAUAAAAAUAUAAAUAUAGACAUAUAAAACCUCAAUAAUCCAUUACAAUAAUUUAUAGCCGAGUUUAUAAGAUUAAAGUAUAUGCUUGCAAUAUCAGUAAAAUAGAAUAACAUACCCUCUUGAACAUGUCAACCUCUCAGUCAUGAUAAAGUGGAGCAGCGUCUCUGUCUACAAAAUCUCUCCUCUGUAUCCUAAUAUUAAUAAGUUCCCAUAUUUAUACCUCAGAUUUUAAAUUAGGUAAUUUUAGGACCUACCUUAACUUGGCACAGAUACGAGGCCAUAACUUGGUCAUUUCACAUGGGAACAUCUUAUCUAUGUUUAGACUAAAACGUAAGGGGGCACAUGACGUGGGAAAUUCUCUGUCUUGGGGAAUUACACUAACCUAGGACAAGAUGGCGUCCUAAAGUCUGAACACCACCAUAUUUACUGAAUAUGAGUAAGAAACAUUGUAUGAAAAACAAUAUGUUCCAUUUCUCACAACUUGUCAGUUUGCAAAAUAUCUUAAAGACAAAGUGCACAGUUUAAGAAAUACAACUUUUUAUUCUAAAACUUGUAAUAUUUGCAUAUGCCCAUAACACUACCACUCGGAAUGUAGAUAUGACGCGUGUCUAGAAAACAUAUGGAUAAACUAACUCUAGGUAAUUUAGAAACACAAAGGAUGCUAAGGUAAGCCACGAUGGCUUUAUUGUAAACCACACAAACCCUGCCUUGUGUCUUCAUGUUCCCGCGGUUUGUGCAGACAAUGUGACUCGUAAGAUCAGGAACAUGCAGCUUAUAAUUAGCAUAGUAACCCAAAUUCAACCAUAAAUAAUGAAUAUACUUAACUGCCAAUUGAAAUCUCCGCAUUUUUUUUUCUUUUAAUUUAAAGCUCCCUGUUAAUGAUUUUACUGCGGUUAACAAUGGAUAGACUAUAUUCGUUGUGCAUGAAAUACCCCAGUAUAUGAAUGCUGUCUAAUGUUUUUGGUUUAAUUCGGUUUCCUAGGUUGAGCAGUCAAGAUGGGUUUUCAUUGGUUUCAUCAUCAUUCAAACUCCUCAGAGUUCUUCAGCUGGGAUAUAGAGGGAAUGCGGAAUCAGUCAACAGGCAACACAACGUAUUGUUACGAUGGGCCUAUCGGGAGCAGCACGGUCCUGCAGGGAUUGACAUUCGGGGGUAUCCCCACUGUUUUGGUGUUGGAUGUCGUCUGCUUUGUGGUAUGUACUUUUAUUGCCAUCAUCAUUUCAAAGGGUUAGAUUGAUAAUCUAACUAAUAGCUGUACCACUAAAAACAUGUAAAAGCUAUAACGUAGGGAAUCUUACAGGACAGUGAUACACAUGGUUAUUAUCAGGAAUGUUUAUACAAAAUAUGCUGCAGUGCUCUGUUGGGUAAAAUAUAAAGUGUGUGUUUUGUUUCCACUUUAUUUGUUUUUAAUAAAUAUUUAUCCUGGUCUUGGACAUAUGCUUUUUUUAUUCUGCGUGCAAUUUUAAGGUUUGUGUGUAAAUGUAAUUGCUCCUUUAUGUCGUGUCUUCCUACUACAAAUGCAGAAUGAUAAAGGUUUUUUUCUGCUGUAAAGUGAUUGGCUUAAAUAAACACCAUAUUAAAGUUACCUGCAGUUAUGGCUGAGGAGGUCUUUAUUUAAGCUCACUUGCAACUUGUGUGAUGUCUACAUGUUAUUUCUUUUUGUUGACAAGUUUAUUUCAAUGUGCUUGUUGUAGCUGCUGUUGCUGAUAUUUUCCGUCAUACGGAAGAGGUUCUGGGAUUACGGUCGAGUUGCUCUGGUUUAUGAUGAUGACAGGUAUUUUAAGUUCUUUCACUUUGUCAGGUUUUUAAACAUUUAUUUGGGCUAAGUAGAACUUUUGAUAGGACCCCAAGGAUUGAGAUUAUGUUCUUGUCCAUCACUUUUAGUCCCCAUCUUGUCCUACACACUGAUCAACCACAACAUUAAAACCACCUGCCUAAUAUUGUGAAGGUCCUCCUCGUGCUGCCAAAACAGCUCUUAUUUGUCGAGGCAUUGACUCCACAAGAUCUCUGAAUGUGUCCUGUGGUAACUGGCACCAAGACAUUGACAGCAGAUCCUUGUAGUCCUGCAAGUUGCAAGGUGGGGCCUCCAUGUACCGAGUUUGUUGUUCCAGCAUAUCUCCCAGAUGCUCAGUCAGAUUGAGAUCUGGCGAAUUUGGAGACUUGAUUCAUCAGACCAGGCAACCUUCUCUCAUUGCUCCAUGGUCCCGUUCUGACACUCAUGUCCCCAUUGUGGGCACUUUCGAUGGUUGACAAGGGUCAUCAUGGGCUCUCUGACAGCGAUGCAUUGUUUGUUCUGACACCGAUCUGUCAUGGCCAGCAUUAAAGUUUUCAGCUAGUUGAGCUGCAGUAGCUCUUAUAUGUAAUUGGACCAGAUGGGCUAGCCUUUUUUCUCCUCAUGUCUUAAUGAGCCUUGUGCAACCAUGACGCCGGUUCAUCGGUUGUCCUUCCUUGCAACACGUUUUGUAGAUACUAACCACUGCAUACUUGGAACACCCCACAAGACUUGCUGUUUUGGAAAAGCUCUGAUCCAGUCGUCUAGCCAUCACUAUUUGGCCCUUGGCACCUUUUUCCUGCUUUCAAAACCUGAAAUUCAAGAACUGACUGUUCACUUGCUGCCGAAUAUAUCCCACCCCUUGACAGGUGUCAUUGUAACAAUAUAAUCAAUGUUAUUCACUUCACCUGUCAGUGGUUUUAAUGUUGUGGCGGGUCAGUCGGUGUCUAUUUACAAAAAUAAUCCAUUGUAGGUAUGCACUAUAUAAAUUAUAAUAGUUGGAAUUUUUGUAGUGCUUGUUACAUUUUUUUAAUUUAUUUUUUAAAUCAGAAUCUCCAUUGUUAUCUGUUUUAGUAUUGCAAACUGCUAUUAUUUUCUUCCUGAGUGUUUUUGAGUGUUAUUGAGAGUUUGCAUGGGUGAAAUAUAAAUAAAAAAACAGCUCUCACCCCCUAACAACAUGCUGGUUUCAUUGCCAGUGGAUCACAGUGGGAAUGUAGUGCCCUCUGUCACUCUCUUACUAUAUGCCUCCUAGCAGAGUGCCUGGAAUGAUCACAGCAACUACAGCACAUAUGCUGUAGUUGCUGUGAAGAUCAAAAUAACCACCUAUACGAGGCUUCUCCUCCUCUUUAUCACUGAAUUCUCAGUAAAUCCGCUAUGCUAUUGGCAUGGCCCUGUAUGCAUCAGACUGAUAAGGGGAAGGAACUUGUCUUUGUUUUUAGGUAAAUUCCCAUUUGUAUGUUUUAUGCGUAAUAACAACUGGGUCGUUAUUCGGCCUUUCGAUUUGAUGAAAAAUUCUUUGUACAUGUCUCUGGCACUAUGUGAUGAGUUUAUUAGCUGCUUUGCGCUAGUGCCAAUUAGGGCUUCUCUCAGAUCUGUCAUUUUGUAAUAUAGAGAUUUUAUAAUCUGUGAAAUGAAUGUUUUCUCCCCCAGUUCACCACAACGUGUGUUUAGGAGUUUUUCCGUAUCCUCAACCUCUGAAGAUCUAGAUAGGGACCGUGUAAGUAUAUCUUUCUUUUCGUGUGUGUGUGUGUGUGUGUGUGUGUGUGUGUGUGUGUGUGUGUGUGUGUGUGUGUGUGUGUGUGUGUGUGUGUGUGUGUGUGUGUGUGUGUGUUAUAGAAUAUAUUCAAUAUCUUCCAAAGUUUCUUUCUAUAAUUUGUAAGGUCUUUGAGAAUUUUUUUUUUUUUUUUUUUUUUCUGAAAGUGUAUAAUUGAGUUUAUCUUAAUUUGGUUUGCACUGGUUUAUGUGGUCUGAAUUUAAAAACAAUAUUGUUUAUAUUUUAUAUGUAUUUAACUUUUUUUUUUUUUUUUUUCAGGGAUUUUGUUCAUGGAUGGUUUCUGUUUUUCAAAUGAAGUAAGUUUAAAGUACUUGCAAAAAAUCUGUAUGUGUUCAGCAUCCGUCGCCAGAAAAUGUCUUCAUUAUUAUCUUGUUAAAGGGGAACUGUCCCUUCUCUUGAAUAAAACACAAAAUCACUUUUAAUUUAUUUUUCUAUUAGAAUUUAUGUUUAAUUUCAAAUUUCUAUAAAAAAAAAAAAAAAAAAAUUAGUAGAUGGCAGCAUAGCCCACUUCAGACAAGCGAAAGCCAGGGGAAACAUUGCAAAAGAAGAAGAUAUUUAGAAACAUUGCUACAUUUUUUUCUGUUUUCUUUAUGCUCUCUCUCUGUUGACUGCUGGUGCAAAAGACAUGGCUUAUAACAAUGAUGGACAGGGAUCUAAAAUAGAUGCAUCCAGUUGCAGGAUAAGUUGAUUUGGAUUUCUUAAUUGUCAAUCAUCACAAAUCUAUAAUUGCCAAUCUGAAUAAAUAUAAAAGUGUUGGGAAGUGGCCGUUCUCUUAGUUCAGAUGAUACACGAACAGACCGUGCAUUGGUUUUGAAGAACUUGUUGCCAAGAAUCUGUUCGUCUCUUCUCAUAAUGUGUUUAACACAGAUUUUAAUAUAUAAUAAAUGCACUUGUAAAAAUAGCAUGUUCUGUAAAUAUCUACCAGAAGCCUCCAGUAACUCAUUUAAUGCUGCAAGUGUGCUGAGAAUGUCAGCCCACCUCUCUUUCCAGGAAGGAAAGGAAUUUUCAGUAGGUCAUUUCAUUCCUUCUAUCAUGAAAGGGUAGGAGUUAAUGAAUCUCCAUUUCACUGUUAGUAUUACAUUACCAUGUAUUUCUGACCCUAUAGUGUUAAAACCACCAUCUAGCCCCUCUGGCCGCCCCUUGCCUUCCUAAAUAUAGUAAAAAUCUUGCUUCUAUUCAAGUCUGCAGCUACUGGCUCUUCCCCUAUCUGCCCCUGACCUGCCUCUUGCCUGCUGACAUCAUCAGAAGUGGUGGUCUGAGCCAAUCACAAUGAUUCCCCACAGAAUUGUCUGAGACUGUCAAGAAGGCAGGUCAGGGGCAGAGCCAACACAAGUCAAACACUGCCCUGGCCAAUCAGCAUCUCCUCAUAGAGAUGAAUUGAAUAAAUGAAUCUCUAUGAGGAAAGUUCAGUGUCUGCAUGCAGAGGGUGGAGACACUGAAUAUAAGUCACAUUGUGCUGCACUGCCCCAGGAAGCACCUCUAGCAGCCAUCUGAGGAGUGGCCAGUAGUGAUGUCCCGAACGGUUCGCCGCGGACUCAUCAUUGAGUAAACUUUGACCCUGUACCUCACAGUCAGCAGACAGAUUCCAGCCAAUCAGCAGCAGACCCUCCCACCUCCUGGACAGCAUCCAUUUUACAUUCAUUGUGAAGCUGCAUUCUUAGUGAGCUGUCCAGGAGGUGGGAAGGUCUGGGAGGGAGCGUCUGCUGCUGAUUGGCUGGAAUGUGUCUGCUGAUUGUGAGGUACAGGGUCAAAGUUUACCGCAUAUGUUCGCCGUCCGCGGCGAACCGUUCGGGACAUCACUAGUGGCCAGUGAAGUUAUCACUAGGCUGUAAUGUAAACACUGCAUUUUCUCUGAAAAAACAUCGUUUACAGCAAAAAGCCUGAAGGGUAUGAUUCUAAUCACCAGAAUAAAUUCAAUAAGCUGUAGUUGUUCUGGUGACUAUAGUCAGUGGUGUAUCCUGGUUUUGUGCUGCCCUAGGCAGGACAAAACUCAGGCACCCCCCCCGCGCUACCCCCACCCGUGCAACUGCCACCCAACCCUUGCCCCCUGCUCCGCCUUCUAAAUACACACACACACAUUCACUGACAGAUACACAUUCACUAGCUAACAGAAACACACACUCACUAACACACACACACACUCACUAACACACACUCACUAACACACACUCACUAACACACACUCACUAACACACACUCACUAACACACACUCACUAACACACACUCACUAACACACACUCACUAACACACACUCACUAACACACACUCACUAACAGACACACUCACUAACACACACUCACUAACAGACUCACACACACACACUAACAGACACACACACACACACACACUAACACACUCACUUGUGUUUUUUUUUAUUUUUUAUUUAACCCCCCCAGCCUCCUUACCUUUGGGAAUGCUGGGGGGGUUCUUCCUCUCCCUGGGGUCCAGUGGCUGCGGGCGGCGCGUUGGCGGGCGAGGAAGCUCUUCCCCUGAGCGGUCUGCUCAGCUCCCUCGCGCGCCGCCAGCACAGUGAGGCUGGGAGCCGGGUUGAUGACGUCAUAUUCCGGCUCCCAGCCUCACUCGGUGGCGCGCCCGCCCGCCCAGCCCGGCUAACUAGGCAUUUGCCCUGGGCAUUUGGGGGCUGCUUUUUUGCCACCCCCUGAAAAAUGCCGCCCAAGGUAAAUGCCUAGUUUGCCUCGCGGCUAAUACGCCCCUGACUAUAGUGUCCCUUUAACUGUAUUUUUUGUAUGUGAGUAUUAAGAGGUCACAUUAAGUAGCUAUUUUCAGCAAGCUGUACUGCUGAUAAUGCUAUCGGGGUCCUAGAAAAUUCCUAUAAGCAGACUACUAUGCAGACCCCGUACGCAGUAUUACAGGAUGCAGUGUAUUGUCUAAAGAUUUCCUUUCCCUAAAAUGUCUCUAAAAGAUGAGCAAAAAAAUGCAGCGUGCAAAUUUACUUAGCUUUAUUUGUUAUGUUUGAAAACCAAUCUAUUUACAAAUGCCGCUGUUUUAUUAUAAGUUUAUGUGCUAGCUCUGUAUCCCUUCUUUUUAAAUACAUUUUUGGAUAAUACUUUUCUUUUCUUUUUUUCUCAAACACAUUGCUUUAUAACGAAGGGGGUUAGUAGGUAAAAUAUCACAUCUUCUAUUCGAAAACAAUUUACACUUUUUCGGAGUGUACACACCACAAGUUUAAAAUGGUUUCCUGUGCUUUCCAGUGAUGAAGACAUUCAUGAGCGAUGCGGAGAGGACGCGUCCCAUUAUCUUUCCUUCCAACGUCAUAUCAUCUGUCUGCUUGUCAUUGCGUGCAUCCUGUCCAUCGCGGUCAUCCUUCCUGCCAACCUUACAGGAGAUCUAAUGGGUAAAAUGCGUUUAACUUUCACUUACUUAACUUUCAGCACUCUUAACCCCUUCCUGUCCCACUGACAAUAUAUAUAUAUAUAUAUAUAAAAACUAAGUCUGCCUGUUUUUGCUGUGAGGGUAGUUAAACCAUUCCGUUUCAGACAGCAAUUUUUCCUGUAUGUGUUUGGAGAGACGUGUCCAUAGCUACCAGGCAGUGAAUCCAUGCUCGACUGCCUAUAAUUAACAAACAAGUUAUAUACUAUUUUUGGAGAUUUAUAGUAACCCCAUUGCAAAUAUUCCCUUAUAAUGUUAGAUGCCAAUUUUGGGGUAUUAAGUCCAAAAAAGUUUUCCUUAUUCUGACAUUUUAUCUAUCUUAAUAACCAUCCCUGUAUAUUCCUGGUGACUGAUUCUUUAAUUUUACUUGACAUUCGUUUACUAGAAUCGAUAGUUUCUGGAGCAAAAAAAGUGAGCGCAUUUGAAGCCCACUCCGUAGUAUCCUCGUUGUUAAUAAAUGUUUGUAUUUGUCUUUAGAUAGGGACCCACUCAAUUUUGGGAGGACAACCAUUGCAAAUCUCCAGUAUGAGUAAGUACAAGGGGAUCCGUUCUAUUUAGAAGGUAACUUCUUCAUUCUGUGUUACAUAUUUUUAUUUAAUGUGUUUUUUUUUUCCUAAUUAUAUUCAUUUGCUUUAACAGAAGUAACCUGCUGUGGUUGCACACCGUUAUAGGAGUUGUUUAUCUGAUCCUUGUUGUGGUUUUCAUGAGACAUCACACAUCUGCCAUUCAAUAUAAAGAUGAAGGAACAGUAAGUACAAAUAUUCUACGAUUCCUGCUGUCUUAGCUCUGAUCGUUAUAGAGAAGGAAUCCAUCUCUGGAAAUGUCCAAUGGGAGUUUCUGCAGAACCCAUUGGCUUUCUGAAAUGUGGUUAUUUUUAUUUUUUUAACUGACAUGGCACGUGUUUGGCUCAGCCAGAGCAUUGCUAUGUAGAUAUCAAGCUUGCACGUGUGGUUUAUAGAAAUGGCUGAUUAGAAUGAAAUUGAGGUUUGAUUAUGGUGGAGGAGGAUCUCCGUAGGUUAGUUGCCCACUCACACUCCUUAUACCCUGCAUAUAACUUUGAAAACUCCCUGCCACAUCGGCUAACUAAUUAUCCAUUCCAAACAGAUAUAUGGUUUGGAAUAUGAUAUAAUGGAGAUGACUAGACCACUAAAACAUCAUUUUUUUUAUAGGGUUGGUAGACAAACAGAAAUGUUAAAGUAAUGUAAUAGACUUGUCUAAACAAUAGGUGGCAGGUAAUAAUUCCCCACAUUCUAGUGCUGAUGCUAGCAGAUAAGGUUCCUGUUCAUAGCCCUCCCGUACCUUCAAGAAAUAAUGAUCAUCCGCACACGGCAUUAGGUUCUAUAUGUGUUGGUUUUUUUCCAGCCUUCAAAAUCCAUGCAGGCAAUAUUUUGACAAACCCAAACUACAAAAAGGGGAUGAUAAGAUUAGAGUGCUACUGGAGAAUAAAAGUUCAGAAACGUAUACAUUCUGUUAUAUUUUGUUUUAUUCUAUUUUAUCAUUGUUAUUGUUAAAUUAAUGCAGUCAUUAUUUCUUUGAAGGUGAAGCAAACCCUGUUCGUCACUGGCUUGCCCCGAGAUGUUGACAAAGAGAACAUCCGCAGACAUUUCAGGUGCAGCAAGAAAUCUGUGACUCAUACUGGGUGUCAGACACCCAACGUCUGACUUGCUACUGUUUCUCUUUAAGAGUUUUGUAGGGUUAAUAUCCAGAUCUAGAGUCCCAAACAACAUGGCACCCAUGCCUACUGUGUAUUCCUCCUGCCUUUAGCUUAGUGAAAUAUUUUAGCCUCUAUCGAUAUAUUGCCUCCUUCUCGUCUUCCUUGCCAGAGACUAGGUGGACUUUCUGAUGGUAUGAUGUUCUACUCUAGUGAUUUCUGUUGGAGAGGCGGCAAUAAAUAAAAAUAGUUUUUGAGCACCCCUGAUUUUAGUGCCUUGUCCCACUAUAUACCAGGGAUUGUACCCGGUCUUCCCUCCUGUUCACCUACCCUGCUACAAAUGGUAUGGAUGGAAUUGGAGGGAUUAAGCACAGCGAUUUUUGACAAUUUAUUUUUUUCCCAGCUGCAUAUGGAGCUCGUUACAUUUAGUUUUUUGUUGUGUUUAUUACAUUUGAAAAUAUUUCUUGACAUGCACAUUAUUAGCUCGGUGACACAUUGUUCUAGUGCCAUGUAAUAUAUUAAAAAAAGAAUUUAGCAAAACAUCUCCAUUUGACUUAUUUGUGUCAGAGUGGUCUCCAUUGCCUGGGGAAGGCAUUGAUCAUAUGGUAAGGGAUUAAUUAUGGACAAUUGCCUGGGGUGUGAUCACUGUGAUUUGCCUAUUACUACCAGUGAAUAUCCCCAAAAAUGGCCAGCGAACAAAACUGCUGCUCACAACCUAGGGGCUUCUUUUUUGUUUAAGUUGCAACUAUAAUUGUAGCUUUGGAUAUUUUCUGGCAGAUGAUUUACACAAUGUUUUAUCCGCUGGCACGGAUAUUUUGCUGGUGUAUUAACUGUGAAAUGGCUCUAAUUCACUCUCUCCUCUCCUAGUGAAGCCUAUCCGACCUGCCAGGUGUUAGAUGUACACCUGUGUUACAAUGUUGGUGAACUGAUUCGUCUCUCCAGAGAGAGGUAUUGUGCUCCAUGACAGUGUUGCAAAGUACUUGAUAUUGGUCCAUGGGAGUUAAAAUUUCUUGGGACUUCAGUGUUGGAGACAUAUGUGCCAAGUAGGAACUAGGUUGAUGCCUAUAUUCAAACGCCCCCUCUUCCCCAUAGUAUAUGGACCCCAGACCUUUCACAUGCUGGCUACACAGGGGUUUAAUUGAUAUUUGCUUCAUCUCACUUUAAGGGAAAUUGGCAGACUAGGAGGAGAUCGUGACCCUGCUGGCAUUAGAACACUACCAAUACUUCCAAUUUCAUCUGAUUCAAUAUUUGUAAGCAAUGGCUGGUUAUAGAGUCUCACUGAUGCUUACAUCUUCCCAUGGAGCCAGAUUCUUGGACCGUAAAACCAAACAAUAAAGCCAGCAGAGCAAACAGAUAUUUUAGAAUUUUAUAAGAAACUAUAGGGAAAUAGUGGAAAUCUCCUCUCUCAAGCACCUAUAGACACUUUAAAAAUAAAGAAAUCAUCAAAUAUGCACUUUUUGAAGAUGUAGGAACCAUGGUUGGGCUACUUUGGUAGCCUUUACCAUUAGGUCUGUCAGAGAUCCUUUUGUGAGCCUAGGAGUGGUGGGGGAGCGUUUGUCCUUUGAUUUACUGGAAUAUAAUUAAUUUUGCAAAACAAGUCACUUUUUUGUCCUCUCUUGUGAUUUCAGGAAGAAAGCCGAAAAAAGCAUAGCGUUUUAUAAUAAGCUCCUCCUAAAGACGGGGGAGAGUUUUUAUAUAAACCCGAAGCCCUGCGGACAGUUCUGCUGCUGCGUGACACGUGGCUGCGAACGAGUAAGUGUGUGGUUAUUUCACAGCAACACAUAUUCUUAGCACUGCCUUGGUUUUAUACCCGUUGAUGGGAUUGUCACAAAAAUAAUCUUUUAUAUAUUGUCAGACUACCUAAUGUUAAUUCUGUUCACAAAAAUGUUUCAUCAACGCCCGCUGGUGACAGGCAUCAGCCUUUGCUGGGAGGGCGCCUGUAAGGGGAAGCCUGAUUACCCACCAUUCCCUGCAUGCAGUCCUUUUCAACCCUCCCUGCUUUCCUCUGGGGGGCGCUGAUAAUAUUAGAGUAUCAUCAUAGAUCUUUGCUAUUGCUUUCUGGGAACAGUAUGUUUUUUUUUUUUCCAGGACAUAAAAACUUCAAAAGCUUCCACCCACUCUCUACACCAGGCUUCCCCAAACUCUGGCCCUCCAGAUGUUUCUUAACUACAACUCCAAUGAUUUUCAGCCCAUCUAUUUCAUUCACAGAAUCAUGGGAGUUGUAGUUAAGCAACAUCUGGAGGCCCGGAGUUUGGAGAAGCCUGCUCUACACCUACAACACAACUCUGAGGUGUUGGGGUAAACCUGGGACGGGAGAGAGAGGCUGGUGUCCUGUACCAGCGACUAAGCCAUUUAUAGGCCAUUUUCUGGCACUUGGCAUUCAUGGAGCUACUAUGAAACUUUUAAAAAGUUAUCCUGCCCUUGAGCAGGGGUUAAAGAAAUGCCCAGGGUUUUUUCUCCACUGAUGUGUGUAUGAGAAGAGUCAUGGCUCUGUGAGGGUCAGGAGUAGAGGGUGGAGAGCAAAUUUUUUUUCAAAUGUGGUGUAUUGAUCGUCAGUCGGUAGGUAGAGCAGGCUAUGAGGAGAUGCAUAUCUGUCAAAGAUUGACAGUUGGUAAAGUGAGAGGAUGUUUAUGGCUAGUAGGGGGUCCAGAUUGUGGUGGUAACCAGGGCAAGGAUUGCAAUGCGCAGGAAUCUGCUUCCUGCUCUACCCUAAUCCGUAGCUUUUUAGAGGCCAUUCUCAUCCAGUCAACCACUCUUGUUCUCAAAAGAACUGUAUGAUCAUAGAGUUCGAAGUCUGGAAGGCCUGGGGGACCAAGAUGGCAACCAACUAAAAUAUAUGCAGGAGACAUGGAAGACCAUUCAUUUUAACAAUAUCGAUGCAACUAAACAAAGAGAAACUGGUGUCUUGUCAAGUUUCCAAGGUCAGACUGUAUGGUCUUUCGCAAGGGUUGGAAGUUACUACUGAAGAGCAGGUUAAUGUUUUUGAGUGAGUGGACCAGCGGAAUGGAAAUGUUUCUUGCAGGGAGAAGGCAGUGAUCUGCCCAACAGUUACACUCAAGAUAUGUGAUGUUAUAAUAGUUGCUUUUAAAAUUAGAAAGUGACCCAAAAAUCUCAAACUCCCCUGGGAACCCACCAAAGAAGCCGAAUGAAUUUACCCUAAAGCCCUAAUAGUGUUUCUCUUCUCAGGCCUCCCUUCCAGGCACAUAGCCAACCUUGCUGGUUGGAGUGAAUCAGGGCCAACUAGAAGCAGUUUCAGCCUCUCGGGCAGGAUCUUUGCAUAGAGUUAAAUCUUCUGUUUUGGUUUUUUUUCUUGUUGGGAGGUAUUUGAAGGCUGCCUUGAGCUCAUUCACUGUGAUGGAGGAUUCUCAACAUUUAAUUUUUAUUUUCAAACCUUAGAAAAUCACAUUUGUGAAAUAUAAUGGUUGUGAACAGAAUAGUAAAUAUCCAUUCCUUUAGGAGUCAUAAACCAUUGUCAAAGUGACGUUCAUGCUUACAGAUUCAUGUACUGUCCAGUGACUGAUGAUCUUUCUUUCCCCUUUCAUUAAUUUUCCCAUAGAUAGCCCCCUUUUAUGUUUUUAUAAAUUCUUUAAGAUCAGAUACAAUUAGGCAAAUCUUAAAGUAUCAGAGUCAACAGGUGGCAUUUCCCAAUUAUAUAUUAUUAAGGUUCCAAUGACAACAUUUGCAACCCACCACUAGUACAUUGCACAGAAGUUGCAAAUACAACAAAAAUUAAACCAGAAAUAAACACUCCCUUUUCAAUGUUAUACAUUGUAAUUAGGUUAUGUGCCUCAUUUGUUUGUGUUCCUUGUACAGUCAGAAUUACCAGUUGGUAAUUUUAUAAUUUGUACAUAUAAUUUUUUUAUUUUUUUUAUUUUCACCUUUUGGAAUGAUUGUAUACUGGUAAGUCCUUUUUGGUGUGAUGGCAUGCUGACACCGUUGUAUGGUUGCUUUGCUUAUUGUAAGUGGCUUUAAUUUUUAUUAUGCAUGGCUAUUUGUGACAUUAUUUUGAUGUAUAUUAUAUUGUUGCAAGUCAGUACAAGAUGGUAUCAAAACAUACUCCUUUGUCAUUGUCCCUCUGGGACAUCACAAUAUCAAUAAGCAAUAUGCAUGCAGAGUGAGAUUUUUUUUUUUUUUUGAUGAAGAAGAAGAUAAAAGCUAACCAGUGUUCCCUUUAUGGGCAUACAGUAGUAUCGAAAAUAGGGCAUAUGGAGCAAUUAUUAUGUCCAGCGAGAGGUAUAGUGCUCUCCAGGAAACUAGGGCAGUGUCGACUUACAAACAUAUAAGGGCUGGUGAUGUAUGUUGUAUUUUUUUUUUUUUGUUUGCUUGUUUUUUGGUAUAUAUUUCUGUUAAUGCAUUUUUAUAUUUUCUAAUACAUUUCUGCAGUUUUGCUGGUUUUGUAUAAUUGUCCCAAAUGAAUCAUCAUAAUAUUGUAAUGCUUAUUGGAAUUUUAUUUUUUAUGACCUAGGCAUCAAUUUAAUAUAUUUUGAAUAAACUUUUUUAAAAGGAUUUAAAUAAAAUUUUCUUUAGAAUAUUAAUAAAUAUAUUCGAUUAGAUUUGAAAAGUUUUAUCCAAAAUUAUAAAAUUGAGGCCUUAGUUUGAAAACUUGGCCUCUGGGGUUGAGCACUAUAGCUUUGCAUGUGUCCUUAUUUUUUUAUUUUUUGAUCUUCUAAUUGUCCGUGUGUGCCCUCCUAUGUUUAUUAAUGCUUAUCUCCAUUAUCUCGCUCCCAGGAGGAUGCUAUUGAAUAUUACACCAAACUGAAAGAUGAGGUGACUGAGGAAUACAACAAACAGAUGGCUGUUGUAUAUGAUGUUUCUCUGGGAGUUGCCUUUGUGACCUUUUCAGACAAAUCUAUGUCGACAUUGUAAGUAUCUUCCUGAGGGUAGGAUGUCCUUAGAUGAUGCCCUCGGCCUAGAGCCUGAUAGCCAGAAGCUUCCUUGUGGAGCAAAGGAACAAUGUUAGAAAUUCAUAUCUCUAUUCCUAUUGAUACAGUCCUGAUGCUCCUUAUCAUUUUGUGUUCACUCCUCUCCCCAGCCACCCAACUGUACAAAAAUAAAAUGGAAAUAGAUGAAAAUGAAAUUAAUUACUCACCUUUUCUCCAGCGCUGAGUUUUCCUUGGUGCUGCGGCUACUUCCUCAUCGGGUUGCAUCGUCUUGUCUUGAGGAUGAGGAGCCAAUCCAAUGCUCCUCAUAGAGGAGCAGAGGGGAAACGUAGGCGCAUGCGCAGUGCUCGCUGCUAUGCACCUCUAAAUCCUCCGUAGAUAGCACUGCACAUGCGCACGUAACAUGUUACGGUAUAAGAGUCGGGAAGUAAAAUUCCUGUCUCUUACUCCUAGAGGUCUUGGAGCCAUCGCUUGAAGCCCUGCUUCCAAGCCUUUUAUUUAGUUUAAUAUUGGGUUUUGAGGGGUAGGAUGGGGCAGGACUGCAGGCACUAUAAUAACUUCAAUAAGAUAGCCAACCAAGAAAUGGGCAAUCUGAGGUAAUCUAGACAUACAAACCUGCAUAUGUGUAUUCCGAUUAAACCUAAUGGACGUCAUCUUUUCACAAUGUCUUUCUAUUUUAUUUAUUAAUUAUUAUUAUAAAAGAUCUAUGCCAUAGCUAUCUCUUGUGUAACAAAGUAGAACAUGAGAUUGUUUGACUGUUAUGGUGGAUUGGGGGUAUAAUAUGUUGCAUCAUGUAGGAAAAAUCCCUCAGGGCAUGUACUGUACUACAAAGCACAAUACAAUGUGUCAAAAUAAAUUAACGUUAAUUAUAUAAAAAGAAAUAAAAGUCAGUCAAACAAACCCCAGUUUUAGCCCUAAUUCACAAAUGUUGGCAUUAUCCAGCCCUAGCUCAGAAUAAUAAUUAUCCUGCCCUAUUAUUAAUCCUUCACUAACUGUAAAUUGAAAUAUUACCCGCUGUAUGUACGGUAAAUACCAAUCAUAUCCUGAACAUUACAUAUUACAUCUAAAUCUAUGUACUACUAUAUGCGAAAUAUACAAACACUAUCCUAAAACUGAACCCUCAAUAUCGCUCUUAACCCUAAAAGCAUCUCUUACCCAUAGUUUACUUGCUUUGUAGACUGCAGUGAUGUCACCAAAAUGUCAGAUUGUUCUGUUUGUAGAAUGUCUGUCACUCUAUGCUAGGGUUUGCCUAUGUGUAAAACAAUAGUGGGUUUUUUUUUGGGAGGGGGGUGUGCUUUAUUUUUAUUUUAAAAAAUAAAUAAAAUUAUGCUGCAUGAGAAUCAUGGGAGUUGUAGUUAAUAUUCCUUCUCCUUUAUUUUCCCUCCAGUAUCCUGAAAGAUUACAAUGCGAUCAAAUGCCAUGGUUGGCAAUGUUCCGCAGAACCUCAGCCAUCCUCCCUCAGUAAAGAGUUGGGGGCUUCAAAAUGGUCUGUCAAGUACGCCACCUACCCAGAGAACAUAUUAUGGUGAGUCUGGUAACCCAGGCAGCUCUCUGAUCUCCGCGAUAGGAGGGGGGCCGUCAUUUCACGCCUUCCUGGUGGUUCGGUGGCAAAACUAAAAAAAAUUAAGUAAAAUGUAUGCAUGGUCAAUUGAUUUAUGUAUUUCUAUCUAACUGUUUGUAUUCUGUUUUGUCUUCUGUUUUUUUGAUUUUUUUCCAGGGGGAAUAUUUCGGUGCAGGGAGUGAAAUGGUGGGCACGGUGUCUUGCCAUAAACUUCUUCCUCUUUAUUAUAUUAUUCUUUCUGACGACCCCUUCAAUUAUUAUAAGUACAAUGGACAAGUUCAAUGUCACCAAACCAAUCUACUACCUGAACGUAAGUAUCAUUAACUGUGAUCUUCUAAAUGACAACGUCUUUUAACAGGGAACAAUUACACCCCAAGGAUGACUACUUAUUAUGAAAGGCCCAUGGGGAGCCUUGCUAUCUCAGCAAUACAAUAUGCAGAAAGACAUUUUAAUAACACAGGUAAGGGCUGUCGCUAAUAAUCUUAUUUUUGUUUUAUUUUCUCUCACAGAAUCCCAUCAUCAGUCAGUUCUUUCCAACUCUGCUCCUGUGGUCCUUCGCUGCUUUGUUGCCGACUAUUGUCUACUAUUCCACCCUGAUGGAGUCUCACUGGACAAAGUAAGUCCUUGGAGUUUGUCUUUUUACGUGGGAUGCUUCUAAGGAGCUUGUUUGAUUCUAAUAACUUCACACAUUGAUUACUGUAACUCUCUCCAGAACCCAUACUGCCCCUCUCCAGUCCAUAAUAAGUGAUAAAUGUUGCUGUUAUUCUGCUUUCACAUCGCCAAUUUCCCUUUUACCAAAGAAAAAAAGGAUUCAGUUCAACAGAUACGAACACUUGCCGACAAAGCUCUCAACAUCCCUACCCCACAUUCUAGUUUUAUAUUCAUAAUUGGACCCCAUAAAUUGUUCAGACUUGUACAGCUAAUGCUGGUUUACAGUAUUUCUCUCGGAUCGCUUCCUAUGGAACAGUCAAAUAGUCUGUCAGAUUUUCCCUUCGUCUUCAGUCCUUCCCCUUUUCUUCCGGCAAACCUAUAGCACAUUCCUUAAAGCUGUCUGCCCUCCCUCUUCUAUUUUUACACCCCACCUCCUCUAUAUUGAAAGCUCUUCAGAGCACGGACCACUGUAACCUAUUGUUUCUUAUUAAUAUUUAUAACAAUUUUAAAACUCCGCAUUAAACUUGCAAAGCUUUACAAAAUUUGUUGGCCCUAUAUAACUGCCAGUAUUAAUAAUUCUAUUGUCGUGAAACACCCGCUUUUCCAGUAGUGGGAUUGUGUGAUGUCACUGACAUGUCGUGUUUCUUGCAGGUCCAAUGAGAACAGGAUAAUGAUGCAUAAAGUCUACAUCUUCCUCAUUUUCAUGGUGCUGAUUUUACCUUCGCUGGGUUUAACCAGGUUAGAAUAAAUCUUUUGGUUUAGUUUAAUUCAUAUUCAAUAAACUGAAUUAAAAUACCUCCAUCCUGGGACAGGAUUAGCUGGUUAACACAUUGAGUGCCAAACCCAUGAGCAAUGUUUUGUUUAAAGAGCUCUAGGUCACAGUCAAUAUAUUCUAUGUAUGGGCCCUCAUACAGCUUUUUAUGAGAGCCUAGGAUGCAGCCAGUCACAUGCAAGCAUGGGAAUCUAAUAGAUGAAGCUCAUGGAAAGCUAAUCGUAGCGUGGGUAUUUAACCUGACUGAUACCAUUCUGAGCAAACCUCUGCUUUCUGUGUUUUUCAGUUUGGAUUUCUUCUUUCGUUGGCUCUUUGAUAAAAAUCAGGAUGCAACGGGUGCCGUGCGACUGGAGUAAGUAACUCGAGAUAAUCAACUCUACCAGCUUCCUUCUCUCUACCUCCCUUCUGCGAUCCCCCUAUCUUUGUCUGUAUUGCCACUUCUAUUCCUCUGUCUCUGUCAGUCCUACCACUAUUACAGAGUCUCUCUCCUGCCAUGUACCCACCUUUCUCUGUCCGGCUGCCUUACCUUUCCUCUGUCCUUUCUGCUUCUUCACAUUUCCAUUUUGCAGUCCACUCCUUCCCUUCUCUCUCUCUGGUAUCUUGUCUCAUCAUUCUGUUUCCUAAAUCUGAAUAGCCGUGCUAUCCUCUCCAUUCCAUCUAAAGUAUACUUUUGUUACAUUGUAUCUUGGGUUCUCUGUGCCGUGUUUUACUGAAGCUAAACAUUGUACUUUCUCCCCGCCCCUCCACAGAUGUGUGUUCCUUCCAGACCAAGGAGCCUUCUUUGUGAAUUAUGUCAUUGCCUCGGCUUUUAUUGGGAAUGGAAUGGAGAUGAUCCGGCUCCCAGGGUUACUGCUGUACAUUAUCCGUAUGACAUUAGCCAAGUCUGCAGGGGAGAGACGGAAUAUAAAGCAGGUAAGUUGCUGCACAAUAAGGGGAAGAAGCUUUGAGCAAUGACAUUUGUUUAAAGUUAAUAUUAAAGUUUGUUGUUUUUUCCAUGAUUUCAAUUUACUGGAGUGAAACGCUGACUAUACACUAUUUUCACCCCAAAUAGAAAUAUCUUUAUCCCACAGCUAUAUAUUGUGUGAAACGGAUAAUUGCCUGAGAAUAACAAGGAAAAUAAAUAUUGUAAUUAUUGUUUUUAUCAAUUUGCAGCAACAGGCCUAUGAGUUUGAGUUUGGCGCUAUGUAUGCGCGGAUGCUCUGUGUGUUUACGGUGAUCAUGGCAUAUAGCAUAACCUGCCCCAUCGUUGUGCCAUUUGGUAAGUAAUCCUUCGCAAUGUAAAUCAAGGUUUUUACUCUUAAUAGAGUGAUUCAGGUCAUAGAGUCAUCGGUGCUUUGUUGUCCCAGCUGUGCACCAGAGGUGUCUAGUUUUAAGAUAUGUGCUGGUUAAUAAGGGAAGAGAAAAAUAGCUAAAUAAUAGAUUUGUAUUUGGGAUAUUUGUGAAUUUGUAAGUGACGUGACAACGCUCAAAAAUUGAAUGUUCUUGCAUCUUGCAAGUGUGCUCAAUCAGCGCACAAAUGAAGUAGGGUCUGCACUGCGUGACUGGCACAGCGGGUCCAUUGUACGUGUCCUUCCAUCUGUCACUCUUUGUAGCAUGGCAUCCUAGGUCUGCGGUGGAGCGUCUUCAAUGUCCUUGGCAUUGUCUAUAAAGGAGCUGCUGCCAGAAUGUAGAGAGUGGUAUACGAUGAGAAUAUAAUGCUCAGUCCUACAGUCUCCUCUCUAACAAUUCAUUACCCCUGCUCGCAUGUGUCUGUUAGAUUUGGAGAAAUAUUUGUGUCAGUUAUAGGAGCUUCUAUAUAAUGAUGUUAACACGGAAUCACCAUCAUAUUCCAAUUUCCCCAAAACAAACUUCACAACCUUUCAAAGCUCCAGAAAUGUGACUAACUCUGGAUUUAUAUACUACUACAGAGGGAAGCACCAUCCUUGCUGCUUCCCUCUGUAUUGGCUACGUCUGAAGAGGGAUAUUCCCGCAGCUGGUUUCCCAAGUUCCAAGAGAAUUGGUUAUUCGUGCUUCUAAGUAUCAACAAAUCUGGAAUACAAUUCACAGGCAGCAUUAUCAAUGUUUUAGGCCACAAAUCUGUGGAAAUUAAAUGGUUUUCCUCUUUUUCUUGAUGUCCCAACCACAAAGCUGUAAUAACGGUUUGUUAGUUCCUGUCUCACUUACUGGAGAUGGGAAGAACUCCCAAAGUCUUUGCUGCUCCUCUUCCCUGAUUCUUCUAUUAGAAUCUCCAGAUUAGUAUUCCUAGGGAGGAAAUAAAACAUGAAGUUCUGAGGAGUUUUGCUUUGUUCGUUUUUUGUGGUUUGUUGAUAAAUAGAUAAGGGUGGUGCAGUAGACAUUGCUUACCUAGAUUUCAGUAAGGCUUUUGAUACUGUUGCACAUAGAAGGCUUAUCAAUACAUUGCAAUCUUUAAGUUUGGAUUCCAAUAUUGUAGAAUGGGUAAGGCAGUGGGUUGUAGUUAAUGGAAUAUAUUCGAAGCUUGGACUUGUCACCAGUGGGGUACCUCAGGGUUCUGUACUUGGACCCAUUCUCUUUAAUAUUUUUAUUAGUGAUAUUGCAGAAGGUUUUGAUGGUAAGGUAUGUAUUUUUGCUGAUGAUACUAAGAUAUGUAACAGGGUUGAUGUUCCAGGAGGGAUAAGCCAAAUGGCAAAUGAUUUAGGUAAACUAGAAAAAUGGUCAGAAUUGUGGCAACUGACAUUUAAUGUGGAUAAGUGCAAGAUAAUGCAUCUUGGACGUAAAAACCCAAGGGCAGAGUACAGAAUAUUUGAUAGAGUCCUAACCUCAACAUAUGAGGAAAGGGAUUUAGGGGUGAUUAUUUCUGAUGACUUAAAGGUAGGCAGACAAUGUAAUAGAGCAGCAGGAAAUGCUAGCAGAAUGCUUGGUUGUAUAGGGAGAGGUAUUAGCAGUAGAAAGAGGGAAGUGCUCAUGCCAUUGUACAGAACACUGGUGAGACCUCACUUGGAGUAUUGUACACAGUACUGGAGACCGUAUCUUCAGAAGGAUAUUGAUACCUUAGAGAGGGUUCAGAGAAGGGCUACUAAACUGGUUCAUGGAUUGCGGGAUAAAACUUACCAGGAAAGGUUAAAGGAUCUUAACAUGUAUAGCUUGGAGGAAAGACGAGACAGGGGGGAUAUGAUAGAAACAUUUAAAUAUAUAAAGGGAAUCAACACAGUAAAGGAGGAGACUAUAUUUAAAAGAAGAAAAACUACCACAACAAGAGGACAUAGUCUUAAAUUAGAGGGACAAAGGUUUAAAAAUAAUAUCAGGAAGUAUUACUUUACUGAGAGGGUAGUGGAUGCAUGGAAUAGCCUUCCAGCUGAAGUGGUAGAGGUUAACACAGUAAAGGAGUUUAAGCAUGCGUGGGAUAGGCAUAAGGCUAUCCUAACUAUAAGAUAAGGCCAGGGACUAAUGAAAGUAUUUAGAAAAUUGGGCAGACUAGAUGGGCCGAAUGGUUCUUAUCUGCCGUCACAUUCUAUGUCGUUUAUCUUUUGAUAAAGCAUCUUUAUUAAGUGUCCAUUAUUAACACAGCUAUGUAUUAUGAAAACCUCUUACAAAAACAUAACCUUAUAACAUUUUACAUGAGCAAAUCUGUCACCAUUCAUCAAAGAUCACAAAAAAGUAAAACCCCAAUAAUAGUCCAUAUGUUUCCAGACGGACUUACAGUUGGUUAGAGAAGCAGUUUUAUUGGAUUCUGUACAAAUUCUAAGCGCUAACCAUGUAUUUCAUGCUGACUCAUUUUCCUCCAGGUUUGGUCUACAUGCUGAUCAAGCACUUGGUCGAUCGCCAUAACCUGUACUAUGCCUACUUACCGACUAAACUGGACAAGAAAAUUCAUUUUACUGCUGUGCACCAAGCUAUGGCAGCCCCAAUUCUGUGUCUCUUGUGGCUGUUUUUCUUCUCUCUUUUGAGAAUGGGUAAGUGAACAUUGUAUUCACUACACAUUGAGUUUCUGCUGCUGUGUUUUUAUUUUGUUGUCUUUUUUAUAUUUGUGUUUUAUUUUAUCAUUGUUUUUUUUAAUUAGUUUAUGCUUUGUUCCCCAAAUUAAUUACAGAAGUAUUUAGUUUAAGUCUUGCUGGGAACUUUGUCAAAUUAUCAGAACGGUCCAAGGAAGAAUUAAGCAUUUCUUUUAGUUGGAAAUACAAAGUACCAAUUGACUAUGCGCUGAAUAUAUUUGUUAGAUGGAUUUUUUUAGGGUUUGUCCACCUUUUCUUGGUGACCCUCUUCAAAUGAAGGUUCCAGAAUGUAGUCUCCAACAUUGAGUGUGUAAAGCGUAAACUCCUGGCACAUUCGGGCAGUAAAUAUCGGGGAACAGACAUGGUGCAUGUUCUAUUUAUGCUCUGAGUAGUUGGGUACCCAUCCUGAUGAGCUGCCGGUUUGCACCAGAGAAAUUAUUAGUAAAUCUAUGGAAUUUAAAAAAUAAGAGCCUGAAAAUCUGGCUAGAAAUUGAAACCCUGUUGUAUUUCUUCCAUUGUUAAUCAAUGCACGGUCCUGUUGGAUCACACUAUAAUAAAACGCGAUGUCCAAUCUCGUCGCCCACCUUCAUUGAUCUUUAAACUGCAAGGUAUUGUAUGGUGUUGGGCAAAAGAUGGCCGCUUCUAAAAAAAAAAUGUUUAUUUUUAAAUCACUUAAACCUUGUAAAUAGAACUUGUCCUUGUAAAUAGAAAUUGCUGUUUGUACGAAUUAGAGCAUCUAUGUAGCACAGAUGUACGCUUCAGUAUGGCACAAACAUCUUGCAUCAAAUUUCUGAAAUCAUGGAAUCUUCACACUUGUUAUUGUAAUGUUUUCCUGUAGGUUUCAAGGCUCCGUCUACGCUCUUUACGCUAAUAUUCCUUAUAAUCACCGUCAUUAUCUUCGUGUCUUAUACCUGUUUUGGAUGUUUCAAGCACCUCAGCCCCUUGAAUUAUAAGGUGAGAUUUUGCUGUGGGUGUUUUGAUCUCUGUUUUGUGGAGCUAAUGUCUGUUUUUGGAGAAAUAUUUGUAUAAUAGACUAUGGUAAAAAAGCUGGUCUCUUGAAAGGAUCUUGGGAAGUGGGGCAUAUUGGCCCCAGAUUCUCUUUAAAGCUUGUGUUAGAGAUAUUAAGUGAUGACGCACUGGACACCUUGACUGAGACAUCCUGCUGUGAUUUACCAAGUUGGAUCCAGCGUUCACGCGUAGUCCUUAUUGACAUAGAUAGCGUUGAUUAAUGCAGUCUGCUGCCACGAUCCAUUACUGGUGUCUGUCUGAUGGGAUUUUUAUUCAAUUCACCAGUGGCCCAGAAAACCAGAGACCAGCAAAUUUAAUCUGACGAGCCCUCCUCCACCUUAAAGUAAUUUCCACAACUGGGUUUUCACUCUAAACACAAAUGUAUACAGAGACUGGAUUCACACCUUUCCACUCUGUGCCUAUUACUUACCAUCACUCAAAAUUCAUAUUACAUGUUUGUUCCAAAUGAAAAAACUGAAGUUACACCAACUGAAUCUUCCCGAAUGCUGCCCUCACUGAUCAUGUCUUUACUGUGCUUUGGAGUCAGAGUGAAGCAGGUGCUGACUUUGAUCUUUGAUGUGUUGACCACCUUCCUAUAAUAAUAUUAGAUACAAUUAACCUCUUAAGGACACAGCUUCUGGAUUAAAAGGGAAUGGUGAUGGAAUAUUUGCGUCAUGUGUCCUUAAGGGGUUAAAAAGCUUUAAAAAUAUGCUGAUCGUGGACAUGAGCUGUGGGAAUGGCCUGAGAAUGCUGCUACAUUGUAUCUGGGCUUGGUUAUGAUUGUUUAUGUAUUUUAGAUUAAGGAAUCCUCAACCAACGCGGAACCAACAAGUGAACCUGGACCCAUGAGCAAACCUGCUGUAAGUACAGUUAAUGAUUGUUUGGCUGUAUACAAAGUCAGACCACGCUACUGUAGUGUCUUAGAGUGUUUGUUAAUUGAAAGGGUUACAGGGUGAUUAGUCUGUGGAGAAACAAUAAGGGGGGGGGGAGGUGGAGGUCUCAACAACAAUUUAUAUACUGGUUACAAAAUGAUUAAAUAAAUCAUUAUUCAUAAAUACAAAAACAAACCACGAACAACAGGUUGACCCAUCUUUCUAACAUUGAAACUUACAUGACUGAGUGUAUCCAGUCAUAAUGAUUCUUUCUGGGCGUUUAGCCACGCGAGGAUGUAGGGGGAUACUUUGAACUAUCUGUUCCCAGGAGUCUCACCAGACUAGGAUAAUACAGGAUACCGCAUACUAGGAUAAUACAGGAUACCGCAUACUAGGAUAAUACAGGAUACCGCAUACUAGGAUAAUACAGGAUACUGCAUACUAGGAUAAUACAGGAUACCGCAGACUAGGAUAAUACAGGAUACCGCAUACUAGGAUAAUACAGGAUACCGCAUACUAGGAUAAUACAGGAUACUGCAUACUAGGAUAAUACAGGAUACUGCAUACUAGGAUAAUAAAGACUGUUAGGAAAGCAAGUGAAAAAGCAGAAAUGCAGAAGCUUUGUGUGUUUGAAAAAAAUUGUCAAGGGCCUUUAGUGAAACUCUGGAUUAAUUGGCAGCUACAAACAAAAUGGUUAAUGGCCGUUAACUCAUUAGCCAUUCUCUCCUAGCAAUAAGAUGAACUUCCUUUUCCGCACACUACGGAGCUUAUCACACAAUGUGGCAGCCCAGGUGUGUUACAUGGCAGUAUAAUGGACGUAAAAUAUAUAAUAAAGGGAGCAUCUAAUUAAUAGAGAAUUUGGGGGUUGAUUGUUUGAAUGGGAAUGGUAGGUUGGAAGGAACAGUUUUCUGUGAUUCACAAGUCUUUCAGUGGGUGCAUCUUUAAAAAGUAGAUUUUACGUGAAGGAUCCUGUAUUUCAAUCAAUAAUCUAAUAAUUCCCUAAUAUUCCCCUGCAGAGAUAUCUCCCAUAUGUUCUCAUUUCUGAACCUUCUGAAAGGACUAAACUAGACAAAGAAACACACAGUUCUUAUGGCACGUUGAGGGACGCAGAGACACCAUCAGCCACAAUGGAGGAUGACGAUAUAGGUUUAGAUAUGGAUUUUUCCACCACGGAAGAUCAGCAUGCACCGAUUAUAGACUUGGAAAGUUCCUGACAAAGCUGCAUUGCCUAGAACAAGCACAAGAGGGAAACAUUGCACCUCUUAUGUGGGAUGGUGCUACUAAAUUAUAGUCUCAAUAGUGAUGAGGCUUGAAAGAACAUUUCAGAAGGGAUUCGGAUGAGGAAUCUAAAUGCUACUCAGCUGCCCCAAGAACAGCUGGACGUCCCAUAAACCAUAUGUGUUACAAAUUACUGGGUCAUGGAACUGUUGCAAUAUAUCUGAAAGAUUGGACGUAUUCCUGAGACUGAGAUACUGUAUCAAGCGCUGUCUGAGGGUCAGCCAUUGCUGCUUAAGGAAAUGACGGGGAAUUAGGACUCUUACAGAUCUAGGACUGUUUGAACUGUCGAGUAAAAUAAAGUUUUUAUAAAUGUCUGAUUACACAUAAUACCUUUGCUGACUGUAGGAGCAUCCUUUUGGUUUUUCUGAGAUGAUUUACCCAUCACGUCAGACCUCAAACACAAUUACCAAAUGCGGUCAAUACCUUUUCCUGUUACAGUUUGGUUAUUGAAACAAUAAUGAGCUGGAGGCCUGGGUUUGGGAAAACAUUCUAUAUCUUUUUUUUUUAAAAAAGCUUUAAUGCCUAUGAAAUUAAAGGGGAACUGUCUCUAAUAUUAAAUUAUUUUUCUAAUAAAAAGACUGCACAUGUGCAGUCUACUGAAUAGAAGUCAGGCUCUAGGCAAGCGUGCUUGGUGAUGAUGGCUGAUGUCAUCGCAUUCUGAACAAGUUUCCGAAUAAAGCUUCGCUCUGUCACAACGAAGGAUUCCUCCGGGAGAGAACACGAAUAGGUUUCUACUGGAAUUCAAAGCUAAUAUCUGAAUUUAAAAUUACAGAGCACACUACAAGUAAAGGCACAUUUUUAUUAGAAAUAAUAUAACCUAUUUGUUUAUUAGUGACAUUUUUCCAUCCAAAGGUUGCCCGUCAUGCCUGUAAUGACUUGUGCUCUUUUUAAUGAGCAUGGAAUUCUAUCUAUCUAUCUAGAUAUAUAUAUAUAUAUAUAUAUAUAUAUAUAUAUAUAUAUAUAUAUAUAUAUAUAUAUAUAUAUAUAUUUAUUGCAGAAAGACUUGUUACCGUAUGUAUAGUUUGGGAAAAAAACCUACUUAACAUAGUACAGCUAAAUAUAUUGCAUUUUAUAGUCAUUUCUCAAGCGGUUUUGUGACUAAGCUACGAAUAAGGUGUUGUUAUGGUGCACAGAGGGACCCUUUAAUAUAUACUUCUUGGUAAUGAAGUAAUGACCAUAGCCAUUAGUUUAAAAAGGUUUUGUAGUUUUUAGUCCUGGUCACUUGUUCAUCCCUCAGUGUGGGGUCAAAGGAGAAAAUAAAAACCUCAAUAUAUUUUAUAACAAAAGAGCUAAGGCUGUUACAACAUAUCCUAGCAUGAUAUGUUAAGAUAUGCUGCAGCAUACCAAAAGUAAAUAAGAUGUUUCUGAUCAACAUUUUAUGGUUAAAUUAAAUAAUAACCGCUAACUCAUAGCGUUUUCUUUGUGACAAAAUGUUUGCUUCUGUUUUACUUAUAUAGAAAGAAAAACAAUUAAGUCAAUUUUAAUAUGUAGUCACUGUGCUAAGUUGGCAAAUAUGUAUCCUUUUACACUAUGCACAAUUCUAUCAGUAUAGGAUAGGCAAUUAGUCAUCUGCUCAAAUACUUGGGCAUAGACUAGAAUAUGAUUUCAUAGAAUGUGUAUUCAUAACCUCUUUCUCUGGACAGAAUGCGUUUUGUGGAUAUUACGGAAAUUUUCUCACAAUAUGCGAUUAACAAAAUCUUUUUUAUGCAAGUAUGAUUCUCUAUUUUAUACUCACUGUUUUCUAUUAAGUCCCCUGGUUCUACACCCAUAAAGGGAUCUCUAUUCUCCUCGAUUUUGGUUUAUUUUCUCUGUUUAUGACACUGUGAGCCUAAACACAGGAUGAUACAUGUCUGUUGUGGAUGGUAUUAUGAUAUCAAUAAGAGAAACAUGUAGUCUGUAAGCUGGGUAAUGUAAAACUGUGUUCCUAAGAUUAAUAUAUAACCUGGGGGACCAACAAACCUUAUAGCCAAAUUCAAUGAGAGGGAAAUUAAUUUUAAAAGGAAUAGGUUGGUGACUGGCUGACGGUAUUGGAUCAGCAAGAAAAAUUACAUAUUUUAAGUGCCUGAUGUUUGUAUUUAAGGAAACAAUGCUAAAGAGACCCUCUGAUUUAAAAUGUAAAUAUAUUUUGGACCACCACUUUCUCAUUGAAUGGGGGGGGGGGGGGUGGUUUGAGGACCAUGGGGUAGUGGAGCACAGCUAUUUGAGGGUCAUAGAGUCAAGUCUGGUCCACAAUUCUGAUUGUCCGAGAACUACCAUUAGUCUUGGAGCUUUGACAGUAAAGGAUCACCAUUGGCUCUUUGGAAUUUGAGUAGUGGAUGACUACUGUAUCUUUGUCAGCCAGGCAUUUCCACUCCAGCACUCAAAACAAUAUUUAAAAAAAAAAAUAAAUCAGUGCAAUAUUUUUAUUUUGUGUGUGUGUAUAUGUUUUCUAUUACACCAAUAAACUCAAAAUUUCCACUCCUUACUAGCCAUUGGCAAUGGAAAGGUCAUCCCUGGCAUGUAGGACUUCCAUGUGCCAUGGAACCUCCAGGCUUUUUUUUAAAAAAAAAUUUCAGGCCUGGCCAGUAGCAGAGGAUUUGAAAUUUUGAGCUCUACUUUAGAGAUCCUGUUUACUGUUGCAGUGCUUUAUUGGAGCCAGUCAGUAUAUUGUAACUUUUAUAUUAAUAAUAAAUUGUGCCAAAAGAAGAAUAAUAUGCUGGUUAUAAUCAUGAAUAUAUAAUAUAUUUAAAAAAGUGUUACCAGUCAAGUGAUAAAUCAGUGUUUGCUGUAGAUCUGUAGAUGUCACAGUUCUAGAAGAAUUUAAACCUUUGAGGGCCAGAUACUUUAUGUAGAUUAUUUACCUUUAGUACAAUGCGUCAAUUCCCUGUAAGGUUUAAUUUGUUAAACUGGAGGGAUUGCCUUUAGAGAUGUUGAUUACAUUGUUGAUAUUUUAUAUUAAUGUACAUGCUUUUAUAAUCACAAGCGAACGCUAAUUAAUAAAAUAAACUUGACUGUUUUUUUUACUUUCACACAAUUUAUGCAUAUAUAUAUAUAUAUAUAUAUAUAUAUAUAUAUAUAUAUAAUAUAUAUAUAUAUGUCCUAAUUCUCUCUACUCCUCUAACGUCAGGUAGAGGUGAGUUCACAUGCCGUUUGAUAAGGCACGCCUUAGAAAUUUAAAGGAACACUCCCGGUACUGAUUUAUUUAUUUGUUAAAUAUCAAUUGUGCAAUUAGAAGCUGGUAACAAGUCAUAUUCUUUGUUAAACAUACACCUAAUUGCCUUGAAAUGCUUCCCUAGCCCUUCAAGGGAUAAACGUGCAUAAAGAAUUUGGAUAUUUAAAAUUGAGAAUCUGCAUUUGUUGUCCUCAAUGAAGUUUUAUUUUCAAUAAAACAAUGAUUUUCACAGUCCAAUGUCAAUGAAGUUUUAUUUUCAAGAACACGAUUUUUAAAGUCAAAUGGAAUAAUUCUGGUUUUAGAGUCCCCUCCAACAUUGCUUUGAUGAGCUGGGUAGAUAGAGGUCAGUCUGUAGGUACUAGAUAAACACACACAAAAACCACUUUGUGGCUCCUUUUCCUGUGCUCUAGAAAUACCAUGAAAUCUUUGAUUUCUAAAGGCUGAGUAGAUAAAAGAAAUGGACCAGGGGUACCCAAAGGGUAGAUUCCCUGACGCGGUAGAACUAUAACUACCAUGAUGCUUUGCAUGUCAUUAGAAUCACAAAGCAUCAUGGAAGCUGUAGUUUUAAGACACCUGGGGAUCUACCUUUUUGGCACCCCUGUUCUAGACAGCUUGAACGCUUGGCAGUAUCUCGUGGCUAAAUUCUAAACUACACAAGUAAAGGGUGCCAUGUAUAUAUAAACCACUAGGUGUCGGCCUUAGCCUUGAUAAUAGCUGAACUCUCAUAAAAGGGAUGCGAUUGCAUUAACACCAUGGUGAUUGAAGGUUUACUCCAAAUGGGUUUUGCACUUCCCAUUUUUAUUUGCUGCAACUCAUUUAAAUAUAGGUUACAACUAACCUUACUUCCAGUGCUGGGUCUCCCCAAUACUUUCCACUCUUUUUUCUGGUCUGUGUUCCAAACAAAUGCUUCAUAAAUAUUUACAUUGUUGAACCUUUGGCGUAUUCACGGUGCUCACAACCCGUGUGUCAAUCAGCUUUAUCUGACAGAAGCAUUGAGGCCAAUUCUCUAUCAGAGUGGGACAAAACGUGCUAGGGACUUAUAACCUGUUAUGGUGAGCACUAAGAAGACUGUCUGUAGGAGGGAUGGGAAAAUGAUUGAGGAAGAGAGAGCGAAUAUAUAUAUUAGAAUAUAUAUUAUAUAUACACACAUACACAUGCACACGCAGCGCCGCUUGCAAGGGAAAAAAAAAGCAGAUUAGAAUCCUCACCAGCGCACAAUGGGUACUGACAGACUUUUUUUUUUGGUGCCAGGACCCAGCAUUCCAGGCUGACAAAGUUACGUGUAAAGGUGUAACUAGACCCAGGGACAAAAUCACAGGUUUCUUUGUGUAGGCACAGUUUCAAGCUGAAAUACUACACAUUCACAGCCCAUCCCACUGUUAUCUCACACAUUGUUAAGUUGUGACAAGUCUGCUGCAUUAUCAAAUAACAGUGAUGCACCCUUAGAGUUUACGGUCACAUUUUAUGCCUAAUCUUUGCAAUUUACUCUCCAUUUACACUUUCAAUCUUGGAGUCAUACAUGAGAGACAGGAGACCGGGAAGGGUGCUGGGUGGGAGAGAUUAUUAUCAUCGCCAUUUAUACAGCGCCAUCAGAGAUCUGUGCUAUACAAUGCUGGAAGCUCCUACUAUACUGAACUAGACAAACCGUAGCCUUCGACGUAAAGAACUGAUUCCAUCGACCUCGUGGCCCAUUUGUGAUUUAUUAAAGGUUCUCUAUGACUAGAGCAAUGGCCCUUGUGGGCCCUCAGCUUACGGUUUGGCCCCUGAGUGCUACAUAGCGAUGUUAGGUCCCUCUGCAUCAAGCAGUCUGUUAAUAGUAUAGAGUGAGAACUCAAAGUAAAUUUCAAAUUUAAGGUCAAAUUAUCCAAACUGGAAGAAUUCACUGCCAGCUGUGUGUUCAUUUCAGCUACUCUGGCUUGAAAUAGGAUCUUUGAAUUCUUGCUUUAAUAAAAAUCCCUGUAAGACUAUUACUACCACGAAGGUUGACUUUUUUUUGUUUAGGUAAUCAGUUUUCCUGGCACGGUUGUACAGCUGGUAAUUACAAUAUAAUUUAUUUACCCGGAGUUUCUCUGCCAGGAGCAUUGCAGGAUUGUCUUUCUUUUUAUUUGGCUAAAAAAUGAAAAUGGGAAUCUAUUAAUAGGAAGCACAAAGUCUUUACAACACACUCUGCUUCAUCUGCGGAGAGCAGCUGGAAGUAUCAGUUAAACAACUGGACAUGUUUAAAGUCUGCUCUGCAGACAACUGUUUGAGAACAAAAGGACAUGAGAUACUGUCCCGGGAACACAUGCUACAAGCAUCAACACUUCCGGCAGACAGAGCUUCACCUGCUCGGCUGUCUGCCAUUACGCUAAUGGGUACUGUCAUUCUGCAUUAAAAGUUCAUAAAUGGUAAACAGUAUCCAGAACAUGUGUAGCAAUACAUUCAGAUUAAACAUUUUUUUUAAAAAGUGCAUAAAACAAUUGUUAAAUCUUUCAAAAUGAUACAAAAGUAUCUCAAAUAAAAAACACCAUUGAUCAUAUUGUGUUCUGCAAAGCAUCUCUCUGUCGGGAUCAAUGUACUGCAAUAGCAGAUAGGUAAACAUUUUUUUAUAACUGUGUCCACG